ACCCAUUUCAAUUACCUCACCCUUCUUGAAAGUUAUGGAAAGACUUAUUUUACUUAAUCUUGACCCCUCUUUAAAACCUUUCAACGACCCCAACCAGUUUGCUUAUAAACAUAGUAGGAGUACGUUAGAUGCCGCUGUCGUCCUCCACCAUAGCAUAGUCUGUAGUUUAGAUAAAGGAGCUAAAUACGUUCGCUGUGCCUUCCUUGAUUACACAUCUGCAUUUCACUCUGUUCCCAGGUCUCUCUUGCUAAGUAAGCUUGCUGCAACACAGGCUGAAAGCUGGACAAAUAAGUGGUUGCAGUCCUAUUUUUCUGAAAGGAAGCAGUACACCGUCUACAAUGGAAAAUCCUCCACUACCUCACUUACUUUAGCAGGCGUUCCUCAAGGCGCUGUUCUCUCUCCCUUUCUGUUUUCGUUUUUCCUACAUGACUUGCCACAUUCUGAUGUAGCCACUUUUGUUAAGUAUGCCGAUGACCUCUCGGUCUCUAUGCCUGUCAACUGUCAGUCAGAUUGCUCCAAAUUAAAUAGCUUUCUGUCGGAAAUUAGUCAGUGGUCCUCUUCAAACGGACUUAAGCUUAAUCCGUCUAAAUGUCAGGUAGUCAAUUUCACUUUCAGACGUAAAUGUGACCUACAGCAACUAGUUAGCUCACAUGGCCCCACUAUCAUUGACGGCACAGAGGUUGAAAAUACAUCUAAUGUGAAGUUCCUUGGGCUGAGUUUUUCCACCGAUCUUUCCUGGUCUUCCCACAUCUUGCUAGUUACUAGAAAGAUGUUUCGCUUAACGUUCUACAUUAGGAAAUUUAGGCAGUCUGGCAUAAAGCAGCUUUUGCUUUCUCAAUUUGUAAAUUCUUGUAUUCUACCCAUCCUCCUUUACUGCUCCCCAUUAGUCUUUCCUGGACUACUUAAGAAAGACUUCGCUUCGCUGAGAAGGGCACUAAAAGCUGUUAGUAGGGCAAGUGGGAUAUCGUUAGACCAACUGGUGAACACUAUUGUAGAUAGACAUAUAAUGUCAUGUAAGAAACUAGCGAAUACAAUAUUGUCGGACAUCGAGCAUCCUCUCUAUACGCAUCUAUCUCCUUGCAUUUCAUCUGGAAGAACUAGAAGCAGCUAUAGGAGGCUAUAUGCUAGGACUACCAAAUACAAAAACUCCACAAUACCAUAUCUGGCACAGCUGUUAUGUGAUGAGAAAUCCGUUAGGUAUGACACGAUAAACUUACUGCGGCACUCUAACAAAUAGUCCCAUUAGUUUUUGUUUUCCUUUCCUCGUUACUACUACACUGUUGUUCUCAUCUACAACCACACAUUAACCUUAUAUUCCAAAUCCUGUGGUGCAUUGUUUGAAAUGAAAUACUCUACGCUG